AGCCUUCCGGCUCUGAGCGUGUUCAUCCAUUCGAGAGGGACCUCCAUGUAGUUCGCCCUGCAAAUGUGGUGUGGACAAAUGAUUCGCGCAUUUCUGCUGGCAGCUCCAGCUGUUUGCAUACGGCCGGGGCCGGAACCACUGUUGUCUGGCAGCUUGGUGCAGUCGAAAGGCGCGUUUCUGCAGCCGAACAAGUUCGCCUAUGUGUGGUAUUUGGCGGAUGGAGAUGAUGACAUUGCCUGCGCGGUUUUGGUGGCUGCUUCCACUGUGCGGACAGGUUUGCGGCCGAAUGUCGAUCUGGUUGCCAUCUACAACGGCGCUGUGCCUGGGAGACCGAGAUUCGAGACACUGGGUAUCAAGUUGAUUCGGGUGGAAGAAGCGGCAGCGAAGGGAGAGUAUCAGUGGCGGGAAUCUUUUCUCAAACUUCGGGCGGCGGAGCUCUUUCAGUAUGAUCGGGUGGUCUACUUUGAUGUGGACGCAUUCCCCCUGGGAAGUCUUGACAACUUGUUCGACAUUGCACGGUUCCCGGUGGAGAUCGCCGCGCCGCGGGCAUACUGGCUAGAGCAGCCGUUUGUUCAGAGUGGCGGCCCGAUGGUCAUUGAUCCACGAAGGCUCUUCUACAGCCGAGAUUUCUCCGAGCCCAUGAAUGCUUCUGUUGGGGAAGUGGGGGGCGAGAUGGAUUGGGUCAAUGCUCACUUCCGUGAUCGAAUGGAUGUGCUAGAUGGUUUCUAUGCCUUGCUCAUUGGAGAGUGGUGUGGCAGCGAUGGCAUCUACAAGCAUUGGCAGAACCAUUUUGAGAAGAGCUCUCAGUGGGUCAUGGAGAACGCGGCGAUGGUGCAUUUCAUCGCCGACUGGAAGCCCUGGCGCCUCACCUCCGUCUCGGCAGUCGCUGCGAAGUGCCCAUCCGCGCAGCCUCAGUUGUUGCAGAUCUUCGAGAGGUGGUGGGCGGCCAAGGCCAAAGUUUGCUAGCGCGAGGG